AUGGACAACCAGGAUACCGAUCAGGUCUAUCCGGGAUCGAUGACCUAUGAAAGCAAUGUGUCCAAGGAACUUAUGGAAAAUGCUUGCAUGAGGAGCUACGACCCGGAUUUUCAGAAAGUUAUUCGGCCAAACGACAUUCUCGCUUCUGGGAAUGGCUUUGGGUGCGGUUCUUCUCGCGAGUAG